CAACGUGACCAUAACAACUUAACAAGCUUCCAAGAUGAUUAAAGGAACAACCAUUAAGGAGGCCUUGGGCAGAUGGGAGACAAAGUGCAAUGAAAAAGCCAACGAAUGCAAACAUGUGGAAAUUAUUGGGCAGUAUCCUCCCAUUGAAAAGAUGGAUGCCUCUUUGUCUACAUUAUCCUGCUGCGAAAAAUUGUCAGUUUCGACAAAUGCUAUAGAGAAGAUAGCAAAUUUAAAUGGUUUGAAAAAUUUGAAAAUCUUGUCUCUGGGAAGAAACAAUAUCAAAUCCUUAACUGGUUUAGAAGCUGUCGGAGAUACACUUGAACAGCUUUGGAUUUCAUACAACUAUGUGGAAAAGCUGAAAGGAAUCAAUGUGCUGAAGAAGCUUAAGGUAUUAUAUAUGUCCAAUAACAGCGUGAAAGAUAUGUCAGAAUUCGUCAAGUUGGCAGAGCUGAAAGUGCUGGAAGAUGUGGUAUUUGUUGGUAAUCCCCUGGAGGUGGCACAAACCGAACUUGGUGAAUGGAGAGAUGCAGUUAAAAAGAAGCUGCCUCAACUCAAGAAAUUAGAUGGCAGCCCAAUUAUCCGAGAGGAGGAAGAGGACUGAAGAGGAUUCCUCCAUCAUGAGGAUGUUGGUUUCCGGUGGAAAUUGGACAUCAGAAUCAAUAUCAUAUUGGAUAAGCUACAACCAAUAUUCAGACUGUGUUGAACAUUACUAUCUAACCUGUAUUUUCAUCAUCAGCUGAUUGCGGUUCCCUCGCAACUAAAUAUCCCUGUUGGGAUAUAUAAUUUUAAGGAUUGUUUUACGAACUACUUGACAAUAGGAGUUAUAUUUCAUUGGACAUAUUUAUACAUGAAUAUGUCAAACAAGUCUGUUGGCAGUAUUUCUAAACGGACUUAACAUGUUGUGAGUUUAGUACUCUCAAGUGCAUGGGUCACAGCUAAUGUAGAACGUGAACCAACUUUAUAUUUGUUAUGUGAAAUUCGGGGAGAUAUUUUUUUAAGUUUUUAAAACAUGAUCAGUUAAAAUUCAUUGCAUCAUCGCUUCUCUCCUGACGGGACUUCUCAGCAGCUUGUAUAUUUGAAAUGUUAUCUUGAAUCAGUAAGUUGAUGUAAAUAGUGUAAAAUUGUAUUUAAAAAUAUUUUCUCUGUUUUAUUUUCAAGAUAUAAGGAAACAAGAGUUAUGAAACACACACACUUUAAGUAUGGUGGAUUCACCUCAUGUUAUUGGAAAAAUAAGCAUUUUAAAUAAACAUUGAAAACAGA